AUGGCGGCGUGUCGCCUGGCGAUUGAACCACUUCCCUCAUGUCUUGUCGCAACUGUACAUAGCCGCGUUGCGUUGCGUUGCGUUGCGUUGCAUUUGCUGGUUUGGGGCGAUCACCGUGCAGACGGGACGCCGAAGAGUCCAGUUCACGCGAGUCGUAAGUGGACGCUAUCUCUCCAUCACCAUCGGCAACAGACGCCGAGUGCACUUGCGCUAGCGGAUAUCCUCACUUUUGCGCCCGGCAAUGUUGUUGUCGUGUUUGCCGAGUCGUCCGAGCGCGGGCGGGAGGCGCGAAUUGUGCGAAAAGUGUGA